AAAUGUUCAUUUACAGAAACAAAUAGCAGUCGUCUCACAUUGAUGACGUCCAGCUUCUGUUUACUGAGGAAAUGCUUCAGGCUACGUAGAGGCUAUCUUCCAGAUCAAAAACACUAAUUUCUGAUCGUUAAACAGGCUGGAAUCUUGGAUGGAGUGAGUGUUGAGCCCCAGUGAGAUGACUGACCAGGGCAACAACAACCACAACAUCUCCUGCAAUCCCUUUGCUGCCCUUUUCAGCUCACUGGCUGAUGCCAAACAGUUUGCAUCUGGCCAGAAAGCACCGCAACAGUCUGCUCAACCACCAUCGGAGGACUCAGGAGAGAGCCAGUCAGAGUCCGAAAACUCUGUGUCAGACAGUGUCGAUGACAACGAUGACUCUGUGGCAGAGAUUAGCCGCUCGUUCCGGUCCCGACAGGAGCUCUGUGAACAGCUCAAUGUCAAUCACAUGAUCCAGAGGAUAUUUCUAAUCACUCUGGAUAACAGUGAUCCCAGUCUGAGAGGCGGUAAUGGGAUCCCACCUCGCUGCGUUUACCUGGAGGAAAUGGCUGCAGAUCUGGAUGGACAGGACUGGCUGGACAUGGACAACAUAGAGCAGGCUCUGUUUAACCGCCUGCUGCUGCUCGAGCCUGGAAACCAGCUCAUUUACAUGACAUCAUGCAGCGCAGUGAACCUGUCAGCUGACCGCGAUGCUGGAGAGAAAUGUGCCAUCCCUUACCUUUUUUCUUCUUACCAGAGAGCCAAGGAGGAGGUGACAAAGGUCCCUGAGAAGUUACUCUCAUUUGCUGUACGCUGUAAGAACUUGUCUGUGUCAAACACACGAACAGUCCUGCUCACACCAGAGAUCUACAUCAACCAGAACAUUUAUGAGCAGCUUCUCGACCUGCUGUUGGAAGGUUUCCGAGGAGCACAUCCAGAGGAGGUGGUUGAAUUUGUUGAGGAGGUCAUCGCUGGCCUGAUUUCUGACCAAGAGGUACGUACUUUUGAGGAGGUGAUGGUUCCUGUUUUCGAUAUUCUUCAGGGACGCUUAAAAGACUUGGAGCUGUGCCAGCCUCUUCUCUACUUCUACCUCGACGUUCUCCUCUAUUUCAGUCACCAGAAAGACAUUGCCAAGGUGUUGGUUGAACACAUACUGCCCAAAGACCCUGCUAAUGGUUUGCAGUACCAGAAAACUCUCCUGGGGACGGUGCUGAAUAUUUCCUGUUUGCUGAAAACCCCAGGUGUUGUUGAGGGCCAUGGCUACUUCCUGAACCCUUCUCGCUCAAGUGCCCAGGAGACAAAGGUCCAGGAAGGCAACAUUCACCAAUUCAUGGGGCAGUUCCAUGACAAGAUACACCAGGUUUUUAAAAACCUGCUGCAGCAGCGAUCUGGUGAGACCCGCCACUUGCUGCUCACAUGGUUGGGCGGCUGUCUGCAGGCUAAUUCUGGUCGAGCCAAAAUCUGGGCCAAUCAGAUGCCAGAGAUUUUUUACCAGACGUACGCCUCGGAUGCUUUCUUCCUAAACUUGGGCGCCGCUUUGCUGAAGCUGUGCCAGCCAUUCUGCAAGCCUCAUUCACUCAAACUGCUCUCCUUCAAUCCCACCUACUGUGCUCUCAAAGACAUGAGCGAAGAAGAGAGGCGCAAUCGCAGCAUUCAUGCAAGAGGUCUCGACAAGGAGACCUGUCUGAUUCCUGUGCCUCCCCAGCAGCAGGUCGAGCCUGCACAGUCCUACAGCCUGCUGACUGAAAACCUCACCUUCACACAACUCACCGUGUAUCUUGGCUUCCACAGACUCCACGAGCAGAUGGUCAAGAUGAACCAGUCUCUCCACCGGCUCCAGGUGGCAUGGCAGGAGGCCCAGCGAACAGGAAACCCCAUGUCAGAGCAGCUCCUGGAGCAGUUUGAGCGUCUGAUGACUUUUUAUUUGUCAACCAAAGCUGCCACCACACAGCCCGCCAUGCUACAAUGCUGCCUUAACCUGCAGGCUUCCACCGCCGCUCUGCUCGUUCAGCUCAGUAUGGAAAACCAGGGUCCUGAACAUGUAGCGCUCAGCUUCCCCCUGCCCUCCCUACACAACACCAUGCUGUGUUUCAUUCCAGAGUUUUUUGCAGAAAACGUGGGAGACUUUUUCAUCUUCCUACGGCGUUUUGCAGACGACGUUUUGGAGACUUCCGCUGAAAGUCUGGAGCAGAUUCUUAAUUUCAUUACUGUCUUUAUGGGCAAUGUAGAAAGGAUGAAGAAUCCUCAUUUAAGAGCAAAGCUUGCGGAGGUGUUGGAGGCGGUGAUGCCUCACAUGGAGCCGCAGGCUCUGGGUGCCGCUCAGCCUGUUGUGUACCAGAGGGAAAGGGUCUUCUGCUCCUAUAGAUAUGCUCCUCAGCUGGCCGAGGCCCUCAUCACUGUGUUUGUUGACAUUGAAUUUACAGGUGAUCCUCAUCAAUUUGAACAGAAAUUCAACUACAGGAGACCCAUGUAUCCAAUUCUCAAGUACAUGUGGAGCAAGGACAUUUACAGGGAGAGCAUCAAGCGUUUGGCCAACUAUGCAUCUGAAAACCUGGAGGCCAUGAACCCCCCUCUGUUCCUCAAGUUCCUCAACUUACUGAUGAACGAUGCCAUCUUUCUGCUGGAUGAAGCGAUUCAGUACUUGAGUAAAAUCAAGAUCCUGCAGCUGGAGCGGGAUCGAGGUGAGUGGGAAGGCCUAGCCCCUGAUGCUCGAAGAGAAAAGGAGUCGAGCCUGCAGAUGUUUGGACAGCUGGGACGCUUCCACAACAUCAUGUCCAACGAGACCAUCGGGACACUAGCCUUCCUCACCUCAGAGAUCAAGGGUAUAUUUGUGCACCCGUUCCUAGCUGAGAGGAUCAUCUCUAUGCUGAACUACUUCUUGCAGCACCUGGUCGGUCCUAAGAUGGGGGCUCUUAAAGUCAAGGACUUCAGCGAGUUUGACUUUAAGCCACAGCAGCUCGUUUCUGACAUCUGCACAAUCUACCUCAACUUGGGUGAUGAGGAGAAUUUCUGUGCCACAGUCCCAAAAGAUGGACGAUCUUACUCCCCUACCCUCUUCUCCCAGACACUUCGGGUGCUGAAGAAGAUCAACAAGCCUGGUGACAUGAUAGUGACUUUUGGUCUCAUUGCAGAUAAAAUAAAGUCUCAUGCGGACAGACAGCAACAGGAAGAAGAAACCUAUGCAGAUGCUCCAGAUGAGUUUUUGGACCCCAUCAUGUCCACUUUGAUGUUAGAUCCCGUCCUUCUCCCUUCCUCUAAUGUUACAGUUGACCGCUCAACUAUAGCAAGACAUCUUCUCAGUGACCAGACCGACCCCUUCAACAGGAGUCCUCUAACUAUGGACCAGAUCAGGCCAAACGAGGAACUCAAACAACAGAUCUUACAGUGGUUGGAUAAACAUAAGCAGGAGAAGCUGCAGCUGGGACCAAGUGGCUAGUCUUGGUUAACUUGCUGUGAAAAACUGUUAUUUACCCUGGCUCUUGUGCUCCUCUGCUUCAUGGAAAACCCUCAGCGUGCUUUUUAUCUCUGGAUUUAUUCAGGCUCCUCUUCUCCAGCUGACUUUACAUCAGUCCUUUUAUGCUCAAACACAUAGUUUUUGCAUCAACUGUCGUUGCAAACUGCACUGCAGGUUACAACUUUAAAUCUGAUGCACAGUACCUGCUGUUUUCUCCCAUGAUGCGCUGCUGCUGCUUCUGUCGUCACUACGGUCAGAACUCUGGUCAUCUCUCAUGAACUACCAUGAAUUACCAGCCAGUAAUUUUAAUUUUGUAAUGCAAGGUGAGUAUUUUUGGGAACUCUUAAGUAGAUUUGUACAUUCUAACUGGUCUCCCUUGGAUAAAGAAUGUGUCAUACACUGCCUUUUAAAGUCCACCAACACCCUACAUGUUUGCAUUUUUGGUCAAUCUUGACCAGCAUGCUAAUUAUAAAUAUUAACUGUUAAAAGUGAAACAAAGAUCAGAUUAAAGCUACUUAAAAAUUUCUCCGUUUUUUGUUGGUUUUGGAGAAAUUAUUUAAAAAUACUUAGAAAAUUAGCCUCAGUAGACUUUCAAAUGCCUGCCUUUAAUAAAAUAUUUUAUUGUCACAAUGAGAGUUCACUAGAGGUUGUUGGAUUUAAGGAUACAAAGUUCAGAUGUUUUUUUUUUUAGGAAAUGCAAAAAUGAGAAUAAAAACCAACCUUUUGUGAUGAGAAUUUAAACAUUUGACAUUUUACCUUGAAUGUCACUUUGGGAGCCAUUGAAUACUGACUGUAGCACACAAUUGUUGAAUCCUUGUGGGACGUUGUAAUUAAAGUGUUUUGGGGUUUCCUCCGCUGCUGCAGAAAGCAUCUGCUGAAUGGUAGAGCGACCUUCAUGUGUGAGAUUUAUGAGUGCCUUUUUGAGACACUAAGCGGUGAUAAUGGACACCGAGAGGCUCCUCUCAGCCCCUGAGGAUAAGAGGAUAUUAUCAAAACUGUGACUUUUAAGUUCAAAAGAAGUGUAGAAAACUCAGACUCUGAAAUGUUUAAUUCUAAUAAAAAUGUAGAUCAGAUGCAGCUUA